AUGAUACCGAGGAAGAGGGUACCGCCAAGCUACUUGCGGGACUUUGCAACCGGAAAAUACCUAGAGGACAAGCUAGACGGUCUAGACGAAUACGAGGUCAACCGCCUGCAAUCCGAAGCGAGGAAGCCAGUGAGUUCGAUUCUUCCUUCGAAGAAGAAAAGGGGCCGACCGCGAAAAGUGAAACUACCCUCUACGGAGCCAACAACUUUGACGACUAUGACUCCGAUAUCAGCAGCGUCUACUCAAAACCGUCCAGACGACCCGAUGUUAAAUCAAGCGCUCGUAAAAGGAGGAGAAAUAGAUCAAUGGACAACGACAGUUUCGAAGAAAGUCAACCAGUUACGCGGCGUAAACGAGGAAGAAUUGAAGCGCCUAAACAAGUACGACAAAGGAAGCGAAAAAACAACGAUGGCUAUACUAUCACCAGCGAUGAUUUCAGAAAAUUCAGGGAUUCAAUUUAUGACACAACUCAUCGCAGCAAGAAACCCAAAAACCGGAGAGUUGAAAUUUCCUCAGGAACUGAUAGUGAACAAGUUUCCGACUUCAACGAUCAAGAUGACGGAUCUUCAACCGGGACUGGUUCAAAAAGCGCCGACGAAUCUCAGUACUCAACCGAUGAUAAUGACCAACGAAACGCCCGGAAUGGAAGAAAAAAUUCAAGAAAUCCAAGAGAACAAUCCGUCAUUGUCGAGAAUCCCGCGUACAACUUCAAUAAACGAAAGACAGAAAAAAAUCGGGCUCCCGCUGGACGAGUUAUUACAGUACGAAAACCCAAACAUGCCGGAAAAUCUGAAGAACUUCCAAAAUCCAGAAAAGGGGUCGAGCUAA